AUCACACACCUACCCAUUCUGUCUUUUUUAUAUAAAGCAGAGAGGCAUGGUUAAGGGACAGUAGUGAAUAGUAAUACACCCUGAUGCCACCAUCACCAUGGGAAAGAUAAUAUUUUAUGAGGAUAGAAACUUCCAAGGCUGCUCUCAUGAGUGCAUCACUGACUGCUUAGACCUUCAAACGUUCUUCAUCAGAUGCAAUUCCAUCAGGGUAGUGAGUGGCUGCUUUAUGGUGUAUGAGCGGCCAAACUUUACGGGCAACCAGUUCUACCUGAGAAGAGGAGACUACUCAGACAAUCAGCACGCAUUUGGCAUUGGUGACUGUAUUAGAUCUUGCCGUUCCAUCCCUCAGCAUCAUGGCAACUAUAGGUUGAGGCUUUUUGAGCAUUUUAACAUGUCUGGCCAGAUGCAUGAGCUGGUGGAAGACUGUUCAAACGUCCAGGAGAAGCUCAGCAUGUCCAGUUUUAGCUCCUGCAGCGUGAUGGAUGGCCAUUGGCUCCUUUAUGAUCAACCAAACUACAAAGGCAGAGUGUACUAUCUAAGGCCCGGGGAUUAUCAAAGAUACAGCGACUGGGGAGGCACCAGUCCGAAGAUCGGCUCGAUUAGAAGAAUCACAGAUUUUAAGUAAAGUUAAUAAACAUUUUCUGCCAAAUAAAGCCUUUAACUUGUGCUCUA